CUCUUGAUAAAGCAUGGAAAUCCGCUGAGUCCGACUGAGACCUGAAGGAGGGGGCGGGGCUAAAUCCCCAACGGACGUCUUCGCCCGUGCGCUCGCGAGGGCCGUCUCUCUGUUCUGGUUGGUGCAGAGGGGAGGAGGGGUGUAUCCUGCGGUGCGCGCGCAAGGCAGGUCCCGCGGGCUGGCUGGGUCGGCGCCUGGUGUGACCGGAAAGAAACUACAAUCAAUUAACCGCCUUAAAAGUUACUGUAAAACAGAACAAUGGAGAAUAAAAGGAAACGAGCCAGAGUUCAGGGUGGUUGGGCUGGCUCAAUUCAUAACAGAGGAGCUUCUUGUGCAGCUUCUGGAGUUUCCAAUGCUAGGAAUGAAGAUUUGGCAAACACUACUCAUUACCGGGUGAGAAGAGACAAAAAGCUUCCAUCUGAAAAGCAAUUUGUAUUUAAAGCACCAGAAGAGGUGGUGCGCAAAGCCCCGGAGCCCAAAAUAUUAGAGAAACAGGGCCUGUAUGAGAUCAGCACAAUGCCAUCAGGAGUGUCUCGAAUUCAUCUAAUUCCUGGCUUUAUGGACUUAAUGGAAGCAGACUGGAUGUUUGAACAACUUCUCCAAGAAAUUCCCUGGGGGCAGAGAACACAUGUCAGACAAGAUCAAUCUUACGAUGAACCCAGACUCACAGCAUGGUAUGGUGAACUUCCGUAUACUUAUUCCAAGCUUACCAUGCAGGCAAAUCAUCAUUGGCAUCCACUACUGACCAUGCUGAAGGAUCGCAUUGAAGAUUUCACUAAAAACACUUUCAACUCUCUGCUCUGCAACUUGUAUCGGAAUGAAAAGGACAGUGUUGAUUGGCAUAGUGAUGAUGAGCCUGCCCUGGGACGAAACCCUGUCAUUGCAUCCCUCAGCUUCGGUGCCACCCGCACAUUUGAAAUGAGGAAGAAGCCUUUGCCUGAGGAGAACAAUGAUUAUACAUAUGUGCAAAGAGUGCAUAUACCCCUAGAUCAUGGGACUUUGCUAAUAAUGGAAGGAGCAACUCAAGAAGACUGGCAGCAUCGUGUGCCUAAGGAAUAUCACUCCAGGGAACCACGUAUAAACCUGACAUUUAGAACAAUGUACCCGGACCCUGAAGUUUUGCACCCAUGACUAAAAUAUCUUUGGUCCUCUACUCUUACUACUGAGUCCAGAGACUAAUGUUGAUUUAGGUGGAAGAGUGCAAAUGGGUUUGGUGGUUUGUUGCCAGCGAUUAAGAGAGGGAAGAAAGACAUGACUAUAAUGAGAGUUUGUCGCUGUUGCAGGUUUCCUCUGGUGAAUGGUAUCAUUUUCUAGGGCUAUUUGCUAAUGCUUGCUGAUGAAACAACAUGUGCAUUAAUUUGGGUGGGACUGUUUUAAUUUGAGGAGUUGCUAAUCUGCUAAUGCCACAUUAGGUUUUGGCAGGGCAGUUGAGAGCAUUUUCUUAACAGAGGAAAAUGACUGCCUUCUUUUCAUUUCUUUUUCGUACUGUGCUACAUAUAUUGCAUUUAUCUUUUUGAUAUGAUUUUCUUGGUUGACGGUGUGACGACGGGGCAUAAUCAGUGUGCAACCUGUGGUACUGCUAGUAUUGCUCAUGGUAUUCGUCUUGGCUUGGGAUUUUGAAAAUUAAAGUGUUAAUAAGAAGGAGUGUGUUUCACAUAGAGAGCUGCAAGUGUGAAAAAGUGAAACACGGAAUACCAGUAACAGAAACUGUAUCCCCAUCUUCAGAGCCCGCUUACCUUCAUGGGCUUCCUCCAUAGUGGUUGAUGUUGUGUCAUUCUACUAAAUCAAUGUUGAACAUUUUUUUCCAAGCACUGCUUCUUUAUUUGUCAUGAACAGCAGCUGGCUCUUGCUCAGUUUAAAAUAACAUAGGCCACAUACCCAGAUAUGCCUAGAUGUCCCUCCUGGGCAUCUGACCCCUAAAUAGGGUAAAAUCAGUUAACCCAAUUUUACCCUGUCUUAAAAGAAGUUGGGAAAUGAUCUGGAAUGCUUCAGAGUGAGUGUGAACAACUGGACUGGUUCUAAUUUGAACUCGGUCCCACCAUUCAUAGGUGCCAGUGUGGCCAUACGAUCUUCUCUGCGUUCUGCUUGAUGGGGGAGGGGUGAUGCCACUUAACUUUCAGGUCGUUUAUCACCACAGCAGAGCCCAAGGAUCUCUGAAGGGCUUUUAUUGUCAUGCACCUUUGUCAAUGUCAGCUAAGGUGCUUGCACACCUUGGAGAGAAAAAGGAGAUCACCCUCUCCCCCACCCCCUCCAUGUUGCUUUCUGGAGCUCCACAGUCCCUGUGGUGGCAAUAACUGGCAGAAAAGAAUAGAGCAGUAGUUCUCAACCAUCCUAAUGCCCCAACCCCUUAAUACAGUUCCUCAUGUUGUGGUGAGCCCCAACCAUAACAUUAGUUUUGUUGCUGCUUCAUAACUAGUUUUGCUACUGUUAUGAGUCAUAAUGUAAAUAUCUAAUAUGCAGGAUUUAUUUUCAUUUACUGGAUCAAAUUUGGCACAAAUACCUGAUGCAUCCAAAUUUGAAUACUGGUAGGGUUGCCGGGGAGGGGUUGCUUUUGUCAUUUUGGAGUUGUAGUUGCUGGGAUUUAUAGUUAACCCACAAUCAAAGAGCAUUCUGCUGGAAUUGAACCAGACAUGGCACACAGAACUCCCAUGAUCAUCAGAAAAUACUGUAAGGGUUUGGUGGGCAUUGAUUUUGAGUUUUCAAGUUGUAGUUCACCUACAUCCACAGAGAGCACUGUGGACUUAAACAAUGAUGGAUCUGGACCAAUCUAAGACCAUCAGAAAUAUGUGUUUUCUGAUGGUUUUGGCAACCAACCCUGAAUUUAUGUAUCCAUGUAGAUGUGCUUUUAGUUUUGUCUCAACAUUUGUAAUAAAAUUACUGGGACUUAAUGGGGAUUGUUUCUCCUUUCUUGCUGUGGUCUGAAUCAAGAAGUGGGAAAGGCUUAACACAUGAAGUUAUUUUUAAUAGUUUUUAUUAAAAAAAAUCAUUUGCAUUUAUGUUGAAAGUAGUACAUUCUUAACAAGUUGAUUUUAAUGUGGCAUUUAUAUGUAUGUUACUUUUAAUGAAAAGCUUAGCACAAAUGACAGUUAAAAAUUCAUCAGUGAAUUUACUCUUUCUCGUCUACCCUUGUCUACUUUUGAGUUUGGAGCAAAGGAAACAGCUGUAUGUAUUUUUAAACCUCAUUUCUAACCUACCAACCAAAAGCCCUUCUUGUACUUUCCAUUUUUCCUUCUAAGUGCAUAUCCUUAUCCUUCCUUUUGGAUUAGCUAAUUCCCACGUGAGUCCUAGAGUUAAGAGUUUCCAAAGCCAGCAUUCUGGGAUAAAUUAGGAACUUCCGUGCGGUGUCAGGAUCAUCUGAAUAUGAAGGUCAACUAAACCUUGUAAAUUUACCAAUCUGGACAAACUGAAAAACAGUGCAAAAAUCCAGAACAGCCAAGCUUUUUGUAAAGAACUAAACUAAUGUAAAUUUGUUGGCUGUUCAGCAACGUGACCCAUUAAGUUAAUUAGCAAGUUAUGGAUAAAUAUUAAUACUGAAAUUCCAACCUAAGUCAACCACUUUCAUAAAAUAUAUGUGUGUUAUUGCCUCUUUUUUGCUAGCAAAAUAAUCUAUAUUUUAGCUGAUUGUAAUUUGUUUCUGUUACUUACUUUAAUCAGUUAAACGUGGAAUGGCGAAACAAUACAGUGAGUUAUUAGUGAAUGUUUCCCCUACCCAUCACUUUACUCUACACAAUGCAUACUUCCUGCAUGCUUGCCCCACUAGCAAGGCAUUCCAGUGGCAUAUUUGUUCAGAAUAGAUUCUACACCACCUUUUCAUCUGCGACCAGCCCUUAUCCGUGGAUUCUGCAUUCAUGGGUUAAACCAGUGAUUCCCAAAGUGGGCUCUACUGCCCCCUGGUGGGCACUGUAGCGAUCCAGGGGGGCGGUGAUGGCACCUAUUAGGUCACAGGGGCGGGGCCUCUUCCCAAGUGCCGGAGACAGGGCUGAGCACCUGAGGCACCUGUUAGGAUACAGGAGGCAGAGCUAGAGGAGUGGGCAUGGCUUCUUCCCAAGAGCCUGAGACGGGGCUGAGAAUCUAUCCUGAGAGGGCUUUUAGGACUAAAGGGCGAGACUAAGGGCGGGGGUGGGGCCUCUUCCCAAUAGUGCAAGACAGGGCUGAGCUUCUGUAUACCUCCCCUGAGGCGCUUGUUAGAACACGGGGGUGGGGUAUAGAGGUUCAGCCCUGUCAGGCACUUGGGAAGAGGCCCUGCUGCCUCCUCUAGCCCUGCCCCUUGUGUCCUGGCAAGCGCAGCAGGACAGGGAUAGCUCAGCCCUGCCUCAGAGCUCGUAACUCCGCCCAUCCCAGUCCUGGCCGCCCAUUUGUGGCCCGGCCCACCUCCCCCUCCCAGCCCUGCAUCUUGGACUAGGGGAGAGGCUCAGCCCCACCCUCUUGAGCAGGAGCCACGCCCACUCCUCUAAGCCACGCCCCACUGGGUAAUAUUUUUUCUGGAAAGGGAGCGGUACUCCAAAUAAGUUUGGGAACCACUGGGUUAAACCAUCAAUGGCUUGAAAAAAUGUUUUCAAAUCCAACAAACACUGAUUUUGUCAUUUUAGAUAAGGGACACCAUUUCACUAUGCCAUUAUAUAUAAUGGGACCUGAGCAUCCGUUUUACAUCCAUGAGGAGUCCCAAGAACCAAACCCUAAAAGGGCCCAUUAUAUAUUGUAUCACUGAAGUUUGAAGCAAAGCAUGGAAAAAGAAUAAAACCUAACUUAUUAAUCUACCUCCUUUAUAAUUUCUAUCUUCCCUUGUAUUUUGCAUGGGAAGCAUUUAUGUUCUUAGUUUUCACCACUUAAAUCAUUCAUAUCUUUUUUUUUUUUUUUGAAAUGUGAGUAUGGUACCAUUACGUCCCUUUCUGUUAUCUAAUACCCCUAGCACUCAGUUUGGCCAAGUUACCUGAUUCUUGAGUGCUCAGUGACAAAAAUGCCUAACUGCAUAAAAGAGGUUAAGAAGCCGUAGAAAUGGGUGAGAUGCAGAUUUGGUGGUCCAUGGGUUGACAUGUAGCAUGGUAAUGGUGCAACCCCAAAAUACCUCUUUGUCAAUAAUAAACACAUUUGCCUUUGUCAGUCAAAACUUUUUUUACUUUCAAAGAGAACCUAAUUUGGGAUAUAUGUUUUUGAUUCAACAUUUAAAUCUGCCUUUCUAUAUGGUACAUUUUGUUUGCUUGAAUUUUCUCAAGCUACCUGAUGUUUUCAAAGUUCUGAAGGAAUUGAGUAGCCAAUUCUGUCUAAGUCUUUCCCCUCUCCAUAAUUAAACUAAGUGGGUGUUAUUGUCAUACCUCCAACUGAUUCCUGCCUUGCCUGUUUAAAGGUAAAGAAUGUGCCUGUUCGAUCAGAAUAAAUGUCUCCUGUUCCUUUUGCAUGGAUCACCUUAGAGUUAGAAGCACAAGUGGAUUCUGGAUUCUGGCUUUUGUGUUUACUUUUCUUUCAUGCUUGCAACAUAAACUUUGUGAUAAAAGUUGUCUUGAAGCUCUUA